AUGCUAAACAGGUACGUUGAAAAUUAAUUAUGUAAAGAUAAUAAUUCGAACAAUUUUCAGUCAGCUUAUUGGUAUUGCAGCAGUUUUGGGUUCGAAAAAAUUUGCUCAAAAAAUAUCAAAAGAUCAAACAAGUAUUGCUCUUCAAAAUGGAACAGUAAGUGGGGAAUAACGUGAAAUACUAGAUAGAGAAAAACAUGCUUAAGAAUUCACUGUUGCACUUUUUAUUUGAUCGAAUAUUGUUAUUUUUGAGGAAAAUGAGAAUAUGAUGAAAAAUAAGAGAGUUAAUGAAAAAAAGGUUUUUGAUGAUUGAAAUUCAGGUGUUUUUUGAAAGAUUUUCUAUUUCGCGGACUUUGUAACAAGAAUUUGAUUUUUGAGAAAAAGGAAAGAUGGAAAUUUUUUUGACACAAUAUCAAUGAAAUUGCAUCAUCUCUUUGAUUAUUGUUUUGAAUAGUUGUUCGAGAUAUGUAAUUUUGUAAUAAUUUUCAGAAUUUGGAUUUUGAAAAUUAACCCAUAAAAAUCUAGAGAUUUUUGCAGUAAAAAAUAGAUGUAAUGACAUAACGAGUGAACUCAUCUGGUGUUGCUAGUUUUUCUCUUGGAAAUUAUGAGAUGUGAACUUGGAAUAAUUUAGUAUGUCUGUGUUGACACUAAAACCAUGAUCAAACUUUAUCUUGACUCAUACAUAACACACGUAAUUUUACUUCCAUUUUCAGGCUCGAGUUAUCAUCACGUCAUACAACACUUCGAAUGAUUUCACAGAACAGCUGAACAAACACGGCGAUUUCAUAAAAAAUAUCGGAUUUCGAGUCGAUUUUUUGGAUACUGUCUUACAGGUGAAAAUUGCAAAAAAAAUUAUCAGCUGUCGAUUUUGAAGAAACAUUUUUUUGAAUAGAUUAUUAAGGGCAAGUUAUAAUUAGAGAGAUGAUAAUUGCAGAAUGCUUUGGAUUAAGAAAAAAGAGCAGAAUCAAAGAUUAUGUAUAUACAGAUAGGGGGUCGAAUUAGUAUAUUUUGAUAGAUUUAAAUUUGACACAGAGUUAUAGAAGUUGUUAUGAAAAUAUGAAUAGCUUAUCUUUGAUAAACAACAAACCUAUGAAUUUCAGUGUCAGUGAACAAAUUUAUAGAUGUUUCUUUUUUUUCAUUUUCGAAAUAAAAAAUUAGAACUACAGUAAUCUAGACAAUAGUUCAAAAUUCAAAAUAAUAAAAACAAAGAAACCAAGUCGGAACCCCGCAAAAAACGAGAACCUGAUGCUUCUUCUAUUAUUUUCUUCUUGCAUGUCUCCACCGACCAAAUCUGAAUUAUACAUGAACCAAUUUGUGGGUGGAGGGUGGUAUAGAAAAAACGGAAAACCUUCGUGAAUAAAAAUAAAAAUAAACAUGAACAAAUAUUUAGAAUAGAAUAUAUUUCAAUUAAAAUUUUUGUUCUCUCAUUUCAAAGUGAGAAAAUAACACAUACAGUACUGGCCAAAAAGAUAUGCAAAACUAGUUUUUCGAGUAAAUUUACUCGAAACUGUCGAAUUUCGACCCGAAACAUUUUAGGGGUUAUUUUUCACGCCGAAUCUGAUUAUAUGCAUCAAUUUCAUAGAUGAAAAAAAUUUCUUGAUCUUACUAGGUCGGAUUAUCAAAUUUCGACUUUUUCAGAAUUUUCAAGUUUUCACUAUUCCUUGAUUUCUUUUUGAAAAUACAAAGUUUCUGACCAAGAAUUUACUUGUAGAAGUGACUAGACAUCAUUAUCUUUCAUUUCCGACCUCAACCUUCAAUUUUCAUGAAUCCUAAGAUCGACACUGAUGUCUUCAGUAAGACCAUCUAGAAAUUUGGGUUUAGGUCAUUUUCCCGAUAUUUCCUGAAAUUUUAUCAUCAGAUUUUCUUGAAAACAUGUUUUUUGACCAUUUCCAAGGUGUUACCACAAAAUUCCAACGCUAAUUUGAAGUUUUGACAUAGUUCUGACAUUGCUGGAUUUCCGAUGUUCAUCUAGAACUUCAGAUCUCAACCAUCAGGAACUUCAGAAUCACAUUUUUAUCGAUGAAAUCCGUUCCUAGAAUGAGUGAAAUAGUUAUUUAUGAUCGAUCAAUGCCAGAGAGCUCUUUUGAAUUCAGUUAUACCACAUUAUGUUCCAAAAUACGAGAAUUUGCAUGCUUCACAGAGGAAAACAGUGUAAAAGUACAACAUUUUUGUGUUAACCCGAUUCAACUUCCGAUUUGAGCUUGGAAUCCUCUAUAAACUAUCAGUUAUGCAUUGCCACACCAUAUUGACCAUCCCAGGAACUGAUUCAAUCAAUAAAAAUGUGAUUCUGAAGUUCCUGAUGGUUGAGAUCUGAAGUUCUAGAUGAACAUCGGAAAUCCAGCAAUGUCAGAACUAUGUCAAAACUUCAAAUUAGGGUUGGAAUUUUGUGGUAACACCUUGGAAAUGGUCAAAAAACAUGUUUUCAAGAAAAUCUGAUGAUAAAAUUUCAGGAAAUAUCGGGAAAAUGACCUAAACCCAAUUUUCUAGAUGGUCUUACUGAAGACAUCAGUGUCGAUCUUAGGAUUCGUGAAAAUUGAAGGUUGAGGUCGGAAAUGAAAGAUAAUGAUGUCUAGUCACUUCUACAAGUAAAUUCUUGGUCAGAAACUCUGUAUUUUCAAAAAUAAAUCAAGGAAUAGUGAAAACUUGAAAAUUCUGAAAAAGUCGAAAUUUGAUAAUCCGACCUAGUAAGAUCAAGAAAUUUUUUUCAUCUAUGAAAUUGAUGCAUAUAAUCAGAUUCGGCGUGAAAAAUAACCCCUAAAAGGUUUCGGGUCGAAAUUCGACAGUUUCGAGUAAAUUUACUCGAAAAACUAGUUUUGCAUAUCUUUUUGGCCAGUACUGUAUAAAUAAAAAUUUGUUAAGAGCUUGGAAGAGAACAAUAUCAACAUUUUGGAGCGUGAUAACAUUCAAGAUGAUGAUGGAAUUGUGAGAUAUGGAAUUAUUCUUGCGGAGGUAAUUAAUUUGAUUCAAUCUUUAUAUGAAACAAAUAUAUUUGUUUGAUUUCAGAAUAGUGAUGUUUAUCACACUUUAUACGAGUUGGACAAAUAUUCUGGAAUAUUUCUUCCUGGUUUCAAACCUGCAGAGAACUUUCCACUUUUUGCUGAAAUGUAAGUUGUUGAAGAAAGAGGGAUUCGAAAUUUUCAAAUUUUGACGGUCAGAAUCAUCGGCUGAUUUUCCCACUUUCAAAGUCCCCGUGUUCAAAUAUAAUAAAUUUUCAGAGAACGUAUGCCAGCAAUUUUAAUGGAUCACGUUGUUCAAAAUUAUCCGAUUGGAGAAAUGGAAGAAGCCGCUAAAUGGUAUGACAAAACCAUGAGAUUGAAAAGAUUUUGGUCGAUUGAUGAUACUGUUGCAACUACACAAUUCUCUGCAUUAAAUGCUUGGCUUCUAGUGAAUCAUGAUCACAGUGUGCAAAUAACAUUGGCGGAACCAGUUGCGGGUAGAAAAGGCAAAAGUCAAAUUCAGGUUGGUUGAAAUUUCAAAAAAAUAAGAGCUCUAGACAGUUGUUGAGAGAAUUUAGAAAAAGAAAUGAAAUAUGCCUAAAAUAUCCAGAAAACAUGUUUUGAAAUUGCCCAUUCCAAGAUCAUAAACAUUUUCAUUAUUCGCACAAAAUUUUAAUUGAACUCAUUUUUUUGCAGGAAUUUUUGACAUAUCAUGGUGGAUCGGGUGUGCAACAUUUUGCUCUUCUUGUUAAUGAUAUUAUUAGUUCUGUUGAAUUAAUGAGAUCAAGGUUUGCUGUUUUGUUUGUUGUUUUUCACUAUCAUUGUAAACUUCGGUUUUCUCAGAAGUGUUGAAUUUCUCACAAUUCCUGACGAAUAUUACAAUAUUUUGGAAGAGCGUUUGAGUAAAACCAAAUUAAAUGUGAAAGAAGAUUUGAAAAAGGUAAAGUUCUAAAUAUAUCGCAAAACUUACAUAAUUCACUUUUUAGAUAAGAAAGCUGAAUAUUCUCAUGGAUUUUGAUGAGAAUGGAUAUCUUCUUCAAAUUUUCACUAAACCUGUUCAAGAUCGUCCAACUUUGUUUGUUGAAGUUAUUCAAAGAGCAAACUAUAAAGGAUUUGGUGCUGGAAAUUUCAAAGCCCUUUUUGAUGCGGUUGAAAGAGAACAAGCAAAAAGAGGAACAUUGUUCUGA